AUGCACUAAAAGUCAAAAAACUUGGACAAUGAUAGUCGAAAGGCAAUUGUUAGUUCAGUUAAGCAUUUGAAUUUAUCAUUAUCAAAUGAGAACUAGCACUAAUAAAAUUCAACAUCUAAGCGUAAACCUAUUGAUGCUUCUAACUAUGAUGCUAAUUCUAAUCUCAUUUAUGUUAAAGGAGAUGAGAAUACUACAGAUAAAAGCACAUUAGCUCAUGAUAUAGAUAAGAAAUUCACUACUCCAGAUUAAUAAACAAACACUACAUCCUAUGAUCCAGUUGAUGAAAAACUAUCAUAAAUACUUGAAGGAUUAACCUAUUUACAAAGAGAGACUAAAAGUAUUAUGAUUAGUUGCUAAGAGCAUUAGCUAAACUUAUAUAGAGCAGAAGAUAUAAUGAAUAAAGCUUACGGGAUGAGUCAGCAUAAAGAGGAGGAAAUCACCUAAUUUGUGGACGUACGAAGACAAUUUCAAGUGGAAACACAUGCUAGCGUUUACUAUACUAAGGUCGUUGGAAGCAAUAGCUAAUACCUGAUAUUCCAAAAUAGAGAUGAUUAUAAGGUAUAUGCGCUUGAGACGAGGAACUUGAGAUUGUUUAAAAUAAUGAAUUAUGGAGUAAAGAAUGAUUUGAAAUAUGCGCAUGAAUAGGAUGAUAGAGUUUAUCUAGUAUUCUAGAAUACACUUGUCGUGGUUGAAAAUAAGACCUUUCAACUUAUAUUAAAAAGACAAAUGGAAGUUGAAAUUAUGAAGUUAUAGUAAUAUGGAAAUAACAAGCAUAUGAUUGGAAUAUCUAAUGAUGGGCAAUUAGUUAUGAUCGAGUUAAGAACAUUAUAGAUUGUAUAUAAAAUUACUGUAGCAUCAGACACUAUAUAUGAUAUAUAGAAAACAUCAAGGCGUAAUGAAUACGCUAUUUACACACACAGUGAUGGCAUACAGUUUUUAUCAAUUAUUGAAUUCUAAGAUGGGAGAUUUAAUACAGUUUUUCAGAAAGAAAAGGUCAUUCAUGGUUCAAUAUUAGCAGGUGUUGAAAUAGAUUCGGAUGUAUUUUUAGUAAAAAUAGGAGGGCAGAGUAACCUGAGUUUAAUUGAUAGAAAUAAUAAAACAGUCAGACAUAGAGUAAUCAAAAAUCUCAAUGAGCAUACUAAUGAGUUCUUGAUAAUUCCUGAUUACAAUCCAUUUACGAAUCCUUAUAUAUUAUCAAGGACGAACAAUGCUUUGAUCAUUAUAAAUACAAAAUCAUUGAGUUCACGCUAAAUACUUAAUCUUGGUACUUAUUAAUCGUUCUUAGGAGGUGCUCUUCAUUUGAUAGCAUAGCCUGAUAAGUUGCUAAACACCCUUAAUACAUUCUAAAGAGGAAAACUAACUCUGACUCCAGCAUCAUCAGUAGAAGAUCUACACUCAUAAACAACUAAGUCUUUCACAUUCAAGCAUGAUAGCCUUUUGCUUGUCUCUAUGUCAAAUCUUCAUCUCAAACAAAAAAGUAAAAACAUUUUAAACACUAUACACAAGAUCGAAAUAAACAAAGACAUAUUUAUGUUGAUUGAAGAGGAUGGGAUUAAUCAAAAUUAUAUCAGAGAUUCUAAGAUGUCCAGUUUUAACUUCAACAAUACGAUGAUGUUCUCUCGCAAGAACUCAAUGCUGAAACACACACUGACUUAAAUUAACAAUGGUUCUUAGUAUCAGGGUUUUAACAAAAAGAAUUGA